AUGGGUCCCAUGGAGAGGAAAAACCCUAGAGAAAUUCACAUUAGGAAUUGGGCUGCUUCUCGAUCUGCAGCGGUUAGUGUGAGCGAGCGUCAAAGCAGUGACUUCUGCACCAGCCUGCGGUUGUUUCUUGUUUCUCGUUCAGGCUCUUUGGUUGGUUAUUUUACCUCCGCAAAGUUUCUGCUCUACCUUGGACAUGCGCUGUCCACUUGGGGAGAUCGUAUGUGGCAUUUUGCUGUGUCUGUGUUCCUGGUUGAACUUUAUGGAAACAGCUUACUCCUGACUGCAGUCUAUGGACUGGUUGUGGCAGGAUCAGUUCUUCUCCUGGGAGCCAUUAUUGGAGAUUGGGUGGACAAGAACUCCAGGCUCAAAGUGGCCCGGACAUCCUUGGUUGUACAGAAUGCCUCUGUCAUCCUGUGUGGUAUUAUCCUGAUGAUUGUCUUCCUGUUUAAGACACAGCUCUUGACCUUAUACCAUGGAUGGCUUCUUACGAUGUGCUAUAUCCUGGUUAUCACGAUAGCAAAUAUUGCCAAUUUGGCCAGCACUGCCACAGCGAUCACAAUUCAGAGGGACUGGAUUGUGGUGGUUGCAGGGGAAGACAGAAGCAAACUGGCAGAUAUGAAUGCCACGAUACGAAGAAUUGACCAGUUAACCAAUAUUUUGGCCCCAAUGGCAGUUGGGCAGAUAAUGACGUUUGGCUCUCCAGUGAUUGGCUGUGGAUUCAUUUCGGGUUGGAACCUGAUGUCUAUGUGUGUAGAAUAUCUGCUGCUCUGGAAAGUUUAUCAGAAGACCCCUACUCUGGCUCUCAAGUCUUCAAAAGUUGAAGAAUCGGAACUGAAGCAGCUGAACGUGAAGAAAGAGAGUGACAUGAAACCCGCUGAAGGAGUGCAGUUAAUUGUUGAGAAAGAUGUAACUGGCUUUGAGCCCCAACAGGAGAAGGAAGUCAGCUGCGCCACCCGGAUUGCUGAACCUUUCAUCACAUUUCGUGAUGGAUGGGUUGCAUACUACAACCAGCCCGUGUUUCUUGCAGGCAUGGGUCUUGCAUUUCUUUAUAUGACUGUUCUGGGCUUUGAUUGUAUUACUACAGGCUACGCAUACACUCAGGGUUUGAGUGGCUCUGUGCUAAGCCUUCUGAUGGGUGCCUCAGCCAUCACUGGCAUCAUGGGAACAGUGGCUUUCACCUGGCUUCGUCGCAAGUGUGGCUUGGUUCGCACGGGCCUUAUUUCUGGAGUAGCCCAGUUUGCUUGUCUGAUCUUAUGUGCCAUCUCUGUAUUCAUGCCUGGAAGUCCUCUGGAUUUGACUGUUUCCCCAUUUGCUGACAUCAGUGCCAGGCUGUUUGAAAGUGAACCGUUACCUACUAUUGUAUCUCCAGGAGAUAAGCUUGAAAUGGCUUUUGCAACUGGAAUGCCCAACUUGUUAAACGGGUCUACUCCUGCUAAUGGUGACCCAGAGAUGAGUCCUGAGCCUGUGCCUUUAAUCUCUGUUAGUCUCCUGUUUGCAGGAGUCAUUGCUGCUAGAGUUGGCCUUUGGUCCUUUGAUUUGACUGUCACACAGUUGCUCCAAGAAAACGUGAUGGAAUCUGAAAGAGGCAUCAUAAAUGGUGUCCAAAACUCCAUGAAUUAUCUUCUUGAUCUGCUGCACUUCAUCAUGGUCAUCUUGGCCCCUAACCCUGAAGCUUUUGGCUUACUGGUGCUUAUUUCUGUGUCUUUUGUUGCAAUGGGUCACAUAAUGUACUUCAGAUUUGCCCAAAAAAGCUUGGGAACACAACUUUUUGCUUGUUGCACUCCUGAUCCCAAAGCAGUCUCUGAUAGUUCACCACCUGCUGACACAUCUACAGUCUGAAGGAGUUUGCUACACAUAUAUCAUGGUUAGAUGUAUAGAAAUGGCCAUGAAAGGCAGUACAAGGUGUUUCUCUAGAGUUGAAUGUAUAACUUCACUACUUAAGGAAGCCUUCCCAAAAGAAAUAGAAAUCAUCUUAGUGAACCUACAUGUUUCAUCUCGGGCUAGGGACAGCCUAGCUGGAUCUAAACAGCUAGCAUUUGAACAGAUCUCCAGAAACUACAUAGGAAGUAUUUGGACAGAAAUUCAAAGUUAUUUCUUCUGAUCAACUCCUACAUCCUGAUACUGUUUGACAGUGAUACAUACUCACUUUGUCCAUGUUUGUUCAUUGAGCAAAAAUAAGGUAUUUAGCUGUUUUGGAAAAGCUUGAUUUACCAUAUUUUGCUGUUUGCUUUUCUCUAUUUUACCCCUUCUGUAAGCAUGUUCUGUUCCACAUGUUGCUCCCUUCUCUUCCCGAAUUGGAUAAAACCUCCUUGGAGGUCUGAAGGGGACUUGAAAUUCUGGUGUUUUCCCAAAAUAUGUCUAUUCUAGUUUUACUUUACAGAAACACCUGUGCAGUUUCUCAUGUUUCCUUACAAAUUAGAUUAGCGCUAGGUGCAGAAUAUUGUAUUAUGCUUUUGUACUUCAUAAAGGAAAGCAUAACCUCAUUUUAGCAGAAGCUAUUGAAGUGAUGUAAUGUUCUAAAGCAUAGCUUUUAACUCAAAUGCCAGAUCUGCUCAGGUUUGUAGCAGAGUGCUAAGGUCAGGAGUACUGGUACAGAAAGAUAAACCAAGGGCUAAUUUAGCCUUUGCUUCAGAGUACAAGCAGUUUUGGUUUAUUUUCAAAUGCCAUCGCUUUAAGAAACCUUAUUAAAAGCUGAUGUAGCAGAAAACGAUUACUAGUCCAGGCAAAACAUAUCUGAAAAAGUGGAUUACUUCUGUUUUACAUUUAUGUAAACUUUAUGACUUAAAGUAUGUUCUAAGAUACUGCUAAAACAGUACCAGACAUUGGACUGUGUGGCCCUCUAGCAGCUUCAGAGAAAUGGAGAAUGAUUAAUCCCUUUGAUUUCGAGAUGUUCUUGCAUUAUUUGACCCUGCGUAUGUACUAACACAGUGCUUCUAUCAUCAUUAGCCGUUUGUGCCCUUUUGAGGAAGCUACUCUAAGCACUUUGCUUUUCAGUGGAGUUGAAUCUUGCAGUAUUCCAAGUUUUCCUGUGGUUUGACAGCAUGAUUUUUAAAGUUAAAUCUUUGUAAAAUGUUUGUUUGCAAAAUUAGAAAAAUGAAAGAUAAGAAAAGGUAUUUUUCCUGUUGCUGACCUUUUUUAAGGUUUUUUAUUUUAGGUACUUUAACAGUCAUCUGUGUUGCCAGACUUCAGUUCUGGAAUGUAAGUGUAUCAACUCCAUGGACAUUAAAGGUGUUACACCAGAGCUGAAUUUAGACCAGUUAUCUAAAAAAUUGAGUAUAUUGUAUAUCAGUCUAAACAAUGCAAAACAUGUGUUAUAGUAUCUGAGAUAGAAGCUACAUUUUGAGAGGACUGAAGGUGAAGGAAUGGAAUCCAGUGUACAACUCAGUUGUAGCCCUCAAUAUUCAGUAACUGGAUCUAAUAACAGUUUUUCUCAUCUAAUAGACCAAAAGUAAUCAUUACUGAAAGGCUCUCAGGGAUGUUUUCAUUAGAUUUGUAAGCGUUUAUACAUUGACCAAACUUCUGUGUCUUACUGUAAUAGUGAAAUAUGUAGAGUAGAGUAUUUCAAAUUUGACUCAAUCCUCAGAGUAUAACUUUUGAAGAAAAAGGGAAUUUUGCUAUCAGCAGAAUUUAAGUCUGAAGAUAAAUUAGAACAAGCUUGUCUAGAUUUGCAGAAUAAAGAUGCCCAAAGGAUAGCCUCUACAGUACCAUGAUAGUGAGUAGGAUUGAACCAGUAAGGAACUUUGAAGUACAUGAGUAAAUAAAAUCUGACUUGCCAAAUAUGUUGUGUUUCCAUGCAUCUGUUACCUCAAUUGGGACCAGAUUUUAAUAUUGCUGAAAGUAAAGGUAGCCUUAACGUGAGUGUGUGCCUCUAUAUUGCACUUUCAGGAACACCUGAAUGCCACCAUGUAUAUGCAACUCUGUCUAUCAGAGAAACAAAGCUGAAAGUGUUUCAUGUGGGCUCUGUAGCCUACAGAAAGCCACUGUGCCUGAAGCCUAAUCCUGUAGCACCAGGUGUCCCCCAAGAGGCAUGUUCUCCUGCUGCCUGUCAAGCCCCAAGAAGAUAUUGGCAAGUAGAUCUGGGAGCAAAUCUUGUUUCCAUCUGUUCCAAAGUGAUUUUUCUUUUUUCUUCCUCUGAAGAGCCAUAUGCCCUUGUUCUUAUGUCAGAGUAGCUCUUUGUUUCACAAACAGUCCCAGUGCCAAAAAAGUAGUAGCGGGAGGGGGCUAGUCCUUCAUAUUUUGCACACAUACUGUCACUGGGAGUUUGUGAGUGGAGAAUACAUGACUGGAUACCAA